UUCGCUUCACCACCAUCCUCCCCGCUCCGCGUUAAAAGGCCGUGCGGGAAGAAGAGAAGGGGAGGAGGGUGGACGCGAGUUGUAAAGAUCUCUCUCGCGCCUUGGUUCUCUUGCUUCCCUUCUUCCGCAGCAGCAUAUAAUGGUGGGAUCUUGGCCUGCUGCGUUUUAUCCGUGGCUUCGAUCAUGAGGGGGAUCUCGUAGGCCGUGAUGACGAGCUAGAUCUGGCGGCUCGGAGGUGGUCUAGAGCUGUCGCGUCGGAUCCGCCCGUUUCCAGAUGGAGACUGUCGAAAUGGAAAAGUGCCCAAUGAGACUUAAUACAACAAACCAAUUAUGUCAAGAUCCUAUGUCUGAAAAGAAGUCGAGGUUUUGGCAAAUCAAUGACCAACCAUUUCCUAGAUCUGAAGUUAUCUGUCCUCAACCUCGUUGGGUAACUAGGGUUCCUUAUUUCAUGGAAUAUUGCAAUAGAGUCGGUCCCAAUCCAAAAGGCAUUCUGCAAAUUCAUAGAGUGGAUUAUGCUUCUGAAACUCUUGAUCUUCUCCAAAGAAGGGAAUGCCCUGAGGGUGAUGGAGACUUCGGCAGCCAGGUGGGCCUUUUGUGUGGAUCACCUCCUGCGCGCACUAACAAUCCCGUAGUCCGAGAUGCAGAGUUUGGCAAACAUAGCCAGUUCUUACCUUCCCCAAUUGGAGUCUCCCUCAGCAUGAAGCAGGCAGGGAGAGUCGAAAAAGGGUCUCCAAGCUGUGGUUCUUCCCCGGAAGUAAGAAUUGAAGGCUUUGCUUGUGGCAACUCAGAAUCCCACUGUGCUGUCCCUGCUCUUGCUUGACCUCUUCACAACUCAACCCGAUCUCGCUGUCUGUGAUAAUGUAUUGACCCUGCUUAAUCAUCAGUCUCAAGGAGAGUUUUGGUCCUGUACAUACCUGAGGUUUCUGUGUAUAUUUCCGACGUUAAAAGUAGUAUCUUGGAUGCUGGUGUCAGAUCCAAAGUUGUAAGUAAACCUUCUUAUAUUAUCCGAGUGUGAAUCUUACGAAGUCAAUCGAUAAUUCUUCUCCUGAACAAA